AUGGCGGAAGGAGACGGUAUAUCUGAUAAUUGUUUAGUGUACGUAAACCACGGAUUUAAUCUUUUGGAAGAACUUGUUCGCCACCGUUUUACAGACGACAAAAGGUUAGCGGAGUUGCUGGUCAUUCGUAGCGAGGAGUUUGUUUACGGCUUAAUAAUACUCGAUCGCUUGACACUGUGGUCUGAGGAAGUUCACCAGAGAUUUCAAACUGUGAUCGAAUGCUUUAACGAGCAACUUGGAAUAAUUAAUGAACGGUUUUGCUUCCUCGAAGAGGAUGAGGACCAGCAUUACAACUGCCCUUACGAAAACAACGAGGAAGGGUCCAGGAUUCGGGGUAGACCCCGAUUUCAUAUCCCUAAAGCUCAACUUGAAGGUUUACGCUCAUUGCACUUCACGUGGAAUAAAAUUGCCCAAAUGCUUGGAGUGUCAGAGCGAACUAUACGACGACGUAGGGAGCAGCUUGGAAUGGAUGUUGGACAGACAAGCAGCUAUAGUGAUAUUUCAAAUGAUAACUUGGACGUUUUUGUCAGGCGUAUUCUUCAUUUUUCCCCAAAUUCUGGCGAAAGAAUGCUUUUAGGUGCACUUAGAAGCCAUGGUGUUAAAGUGCAGAGAGAAAGAAUGAGAAAUUCUGUCAGAAGAGUUGAUCCAGUUAGCCGAGAUCUACGGAGAAGGACAUCUAUUCAUCGGCGAGUUUACAGUGUCAGGACACCAAAUGCAUUGUGGUAAUGUAUCAGUCAAUACCAGCAGUGCCUCCCCAUGAAUUAGCUAUUUCUGAAAAGAAAAUGGCUAUCUCCCCAACCCCAGAGCAAGAAGAAUUGUGCUAAAGCCCCACCCCCGGGCAAACAAAUUGAGUCUAUACCCCACCCCAAGCAAUAAUAGUGACUGUUUAGUACACAUUGAUAUUUUGAUAUUUGAUUAUAAAAUGCCUAUGGACAAUAUAAAUGUGAAGUACAAAAAAGAAGUUCCAUGACAAGGACGAAAAUGCUUUUAUAUUAAUGCAACACUGUAUAAAUAAUUCUCAACCCUAACUUCAGUUUUCCUAAAUCUUUGGAAAUAUUGUCUUUACUUUACUUUGUCCUUUCGUAACUCUUUUGUGAUAUCCUUUUCUAGGCACAUUGAUGGUAACCACAAAAUGAUCCGGUGGAGAUUUGUUCUUCAUGGUGGCAUUGAUGGUUAUUCACGAUGUAUUGUCUUUUUAGCCUGUUCAUGCAACAACAGAAGUCAAACUGUGUUCAAUCUAUUCCUCAACUCUAUGGACACUUUCCAAUGCCCGCUUAGAAUCCGGGCUGACCAUGGAACGGAAAAUGUCGCUGUUGCUAGGUGGAUGCUUAACCACUAUGGUGUUGCUUCGAAACCAUUCUUGACUGGUCUUUCAGUGCACAACCAAAGAAUCGAGAGGCUGUGGAGAGAUGUCAAUACCUACAUUACCACUUAUUUUCGUAACUUUUUUUAUUACUUGGAAUCGCUUGAACUGUUAGAUCCUUUAAAUGAAAUUCAUCUUUUUGCCUUGCACUAUGUUUUUGAACCCCGGAUUAACAAAGCAAUAUCAAUUUUCGUGUCGCAGUGGAAUAACCAUCCACUGUCAACUGAAAGCAACUUAAGUCCUUAUCAAGUAUGGGUUCAAGGUUUCUAUGAGUUUGCUAACUCCAAUCGUCGUACUGUCAGAGAUCUGGUCAGUCCAAACACAUUAGACACUAAUACCUAUGGAGUUGAUGAUGAAGGUCCACUGCCUGAAGUCCAAACAGGAAAUAAUGUUGUGGUUCCAGAAUCUGAAAUUGUACUUACAAGAGAACAAUGGGUUUCGCUGCAAACAUUAGUAAACCCAUUGGAUGAAGAUAAUGAACAUGGCAAGUUGCUUUAUUUAAAUGUUUGUGGAAUAAUUGAUAUUUAUGUCAAUCAAAAUUUAACUGAUGAAUGA